CCCUAGCUCGAAGCUCGACCGAUCAACUCUGAAUACUCUUUGGUCUUUCCAACAAAAAGGAAGAACUCUAAGAACAAGAAGAAAAGACAGCAGCCGGAGUCUGGUGGUAGAAGUCGAGAUUCUCGUUGGGUGAGAUACCAUGAACUUCUAGUGGGUUCUAAAGAACAAAAGACUCAGAGCCGAGAGCCCCGCCCGACCUCAACUGUUCGACAUCGAGGCCAAUAGCGAAGCCGCCCUCGCCCCUUCCCUUCCGACGCUUCAGGCUUGCAGCAUCGGUGCCGAAGGAGUGAAGCAGGUUGAUCCAUCCUCUGGCAUAAAAUGAGAUUAGAGAAAUGUUGGUUCUGUUCCUCCACUAUUUAUCCUGGGCAUGGUAUUCAGUUUGUUCGCAAUGAUGCAAAGAUUUUUCGUUUUUGUAGAUCCAAGUGUCACAAGAACUUCAAGAUGAAGCGAAAUCCUCGCAAGGUAAAAUGGACAAAAGCAUAUAGGCGGUUGCAUGGAAAGGAUAUGACACAGGAUUCAACGUUUGAGUUUGAGAGGAAACGAAACAGACCGGAGAGAUAUGACAGGAAUGUUACAGAGAAUACACUGAAGGCCAUUAAGAAGAUAGAUAAGGUUAGAGUAGAUAGGGAAGCCAGACACCAUGCAUUGAGGAUGAAGGGAAAGAAAGCCAAGGAGCAGAGGGAGGCGGCAAAGGAGUUGGAGCAGAGCAUCCACAUGGUCAAGGCUCCUGCUGCUCUUCAAAAAGAGCCAUCUCUCACCCUUCCGAAGAUCAAAGUCAAAGUUUCCCAUCAACAGGCAGAGGAGAAUCACCAAAUGGAAGAGUGAAAUUAGUGGUUUUCAAUUGUUUGAGCUCCACAGGGAUUCUCUACGAGGGUGUUGCCUCUAGGAAGCCAAAAAAAUCGUUUGGGUUUUCAAGUAUUACAUGUAGAAUGAAGUGUUUUUCAUUUUUCUGCUGUAGAUGCUUUCUGUUAUCUUUCUUUUGAUGAAAAGAUGCUUUCAGUUAUUGAUUAUUGGUAGUUUGAUACUGAUUA